AUCGGCAACUUGGAAAGAGCCCGAACUCUCAUUCUUCUUCCACACCGGCACAUUGCGAUCACCAUGUUUACUGGUCUCGUUGAAACAAUCGGGACGGUGACGUCCCUGGAGCCCCUCGACACCAGCGUCAGCGGGGGCGGGGGUACGUCGCUAACCAUCGGAGACUGCGCGGAGAUCCUUGGGGAUGCACAUUUGGGAGAUAGCAUCAGUGUCAAUGGAACAUGCCUGACUGUCACGGCUUUCGACAAGGAUUGGUUCAAGGUCGGCGUCGCACCCGAGACUCUUCGUCGAACGAAUCUAGGAUUGCUACAGUCAAAUUCCAAAGUCAAUCUUGAACGAGCCGUCUCCUCUGAGACACGGAUGGGUGGUCAUUUUGUUCAGGGCCACGUUGACACCACCGCCACGAUUCUCUCGGUUACCCCGGAUGGAAACGCACUCACGUUCAGACUACAGCCCAGGGAUAGGAGCAUUUUGAGAUAUGUUGUGGAGAAAGGCUUCAUAACACUCGAUGGAGCUAGCCUCACUGUCACGAAAGUUGUCGAUGGCGAGGACGGCUAUUGGGAGGUCAUGCUGAUUGCUUACACCCAGGAGAAAGUCGUCACAGCUGCGAAAAAACCUGGCGACGAUGUUAAUGUCGAGAUUGACAUGGUUGGAAAGUAUGUCGAGAAAAGUGUGCAGGCUUAUUUCAGCCAAGGUACUGGAGGUGACUUUGCCAUACUGGAGAAAAUUGUGGGGAGAAUUGUAGACGCAAAACUCCAGCAGUCCAAAUAGAUUUAACAUUUGAUUUUGUCUAAUCAAGAAUAGUGGAACGACUACAUAUGUACUAGGUGGGGCAGACGAUCAAAAUAUAAUCACGUUGG